CGUACAAACCAAACCACUCCAGUCCACCACCACCCAAGCUAUUCUUUUUUUUUUCCACCCCUUCUACCUCUGUGCGAGCCAUUCUUAACUCUUCACACUACAUCAUUCUUGUCUACCUCCGUCACUAUCGACUUAUUCAUUCUUGAACAAGCUUUUGAGUAUUAUUAACAUACCCUUUUCCAUACAAAAAAGACCUUGGUCUUAUACAGGCCAAGCAAUCUGCCCUGGCGAAGUUGGCCAUGAGCUCCAACAAGGAUUCACGCGCCCCUUCGUCAUCGCCUCCCUCCCACUCCAACAAAUCGACCGGCGCAGCGAACUCGAACUCGAACUACCACACCGAGCCCCAGGCACUGCCUGUUUCUCACCCUCACGAUGGCCUUCUCCCGCCUCCUGCUAUGGCGCAUGCCGUUCGAUCUAUGAACGACUUGAGUGGCCCCAUUGCCCUCCGCGAUCGCUCCUUGGUCGCAAACUCCGAUACCCCUCCUGCGAUGCGAAGCGUGGUUUCGACCGCUCCGAAUUCCCCUAGAAUCCCGCCUGCCAGACAGAAUUCUGGGGGAACGACUCCGCGCCUUCGUCCGCACCCCGCCACACUUAAUGUGCCUGGCAUGACUGUCUCGAGAGCCUCGCCCGACGGCAAGAUUAGUGACCGCGAUGUCGCCGCGAAGCUUGUCAUUGUCAUGGUCGGACUUCCCGCGCGCGGAAAGUCGUACAUCACCAAGAAGGUCCAGCGCUACCUGUCGUGGCAGCAGUACAGCUCGACAAUCUUUAAUGUCGGAAAUCGCAGACGCGUGGCUGCCGGCAUGAGCUCCCCCAUGAAGACUGCCUACUCGCCCGCUGCCGUUAGACUCGACCCGCCGGCCCAGGCUGCUUCAAUCUUGCUUAAUGGUCAUGCGUCUCGUGGCAAUAAGGAGCCAGCGGAGCUGAAUCUCAACGAGGAGAGCGACGGCAUUGACCAGUCCGCCAAGUUCUUCGACCCGACCAACGAGACUGCGGCCAAGCUCCGAGAGCAGGUGGCCCUGGACACCCUGGACGAACUUUUGGACUAUCUCCUGCACGAGGGUGGUUCCGUUGGCAUUCUCGACGCGACAAACAGCACUAUCCACCGCCGCCAGCUUCUGGUCGACCGAAUCAAGGCGCGCGAGCCUAAGCUCGGAAUUCUCUUCAUCGAGAGUAUCUGCCACGACCAGAACCUUCUCGAGGCCAACAUGCGUCUAAAGCUUUCCGGCCCCGACUACAAGGACAAGGAUCCUCACCAGUCUCUUGCUGAUUUCAAGAGACGCGUCGCCGCGUACGAGAGCGCUUACGUCCCCCUCGGAGAGUACGAGGAGGCGCACGACAUGCAGUAUAUUCAGAUGAUUGAUGUCGGCCGCAAGCUGGUCCAGUAUAGAUUGCGGGGCUUCCUGAGCGGUGGCAUCAGUUCCUACCUGACGACAUUUAACCUUGCGCCGCGGCAGAUAUGGUUGACCCGCCAUGGACAGAGUGUCGAUAACCGCAGUGGAAAACUUGGCGGAGACUCCGACCUCACCGCUGACGGAGAGCUCUACGGACAGGCUCUCCACCGAUUCAUGACCCAGAAGCGCAAGGAGUGGCUCAUUGAGCAAAAAGAUAAGAUCGCUCAAUCGUCUUUCCCGCCCAAGGCUGGCGACCACACCCCGCCCUACCCCGAGCUGAACCGCGAGCUGGAGGAGAAAAACUUUUGCGUCUGGACCUCGAUGCUGAAGCGAAGCGUGCAGACGGCACAGCAUUUCGACAAUGACGAUGACUACGACGUCAAGGCGUGGGCGGUGCUCAACGAGCUCAACGCUGGCCUGUUUGAGGGCAUGACGUAUGAGGAGAUCGCCAGAAGAUUCCCUGCGGAGUACAAGAAGCGCGCUGCCGAUAAGCUUCAUUACAUUUACCCGGGUGUCGGUGGAGAAGGAUAUCUCCAGGUCAUCGCUCGCUUGCGCGAUAUUGUCCGCGAGAUCGAGCGUAUCGAGGAUCACGUUCUCAUUGUUGGACACCGCUCGGUCUGCCGUGUGCUCAUGGCUUACUUUAUGGAUUUGACCCGUGACGAGAUCGCCGACUUGGAUGUUCCUUUGGGUAUGCUCUACUCUAUCGAGCCCAAGCCCUACGGCUACGACUUCCACGCGUACCGCUACCUGCCGGACCAGGGAACUUUCAUCGAGCAGCCCAACUACCGCCCGCAGCGCACCGUUAACCGCGACGCUUGAGAUCAGAGCUGAAGACAGGCUUUGACUGUACCAUAUGACGACCUGUACAACACGAAUGGAAUUCUGGAAGGGAGUUUUGGGCGUUGAGGAAAACUCAACUACGACAACGAUUUUGCUCAUUUUUUUUGGGGAAGGGGGGACUUUUUUCUUUUUGGAAGGGUGUGGGAAAACACGGUCCCACACAGAUUUGCUCUUACUUGCACUACUUGAAACAGGGACUUCUUCAACCUCGGAUGCGGGAAAGGGAUUGAAGCAUUUACUCGGCGUUUGGGAAUCCCAUAUGACCAUCUGACGAAAGAGGUCAAAAAGAUACCCAUGACGCAAGGAUUCACGAGAGACAAAGCCGGACGGCCCUCUCAUUGCUCAAUUUUUUGGGAGGCUUGUUCAAGAACACAAGCCGUUAGGUUCUUCUAGGCAGAUAGGAGAAAGAAGUCUAUCACAUGAACA